AUGGGUACCGAGCGGAUCUCCCGCGGGUCUGUUGAGGAGUCAGCAGAGGGGCUGGAAGAGGCGAUGCGAGAAAUGGGGAUGGGGCACGAAGAGGAGAGCAGCUGCCACGACUCGCACACAUACGGGUACCGCUACACUUCACCGGAGGAGCGGGCAGAGACCAAGUUCCAGAGAAAGGCCACAUGGGAGUGGCUCAAAAAGGUCGGCUUCAAGAUCUUCGACGGAAGCAGCCUGACGUCCAUCUCGCUUCCGGUCAAGGUCUUCGAGCCGCGCUCAUUUCUGGAGCGGUUAGCGGACAACUGGGCAUAUAUUGACUACCUUCGAAGAGCAGCAGAACAGACCGACCCGCUGGAGAGAUUCAAGCUGAUCAUCGCGUUCGUCGUGUCUGGGUUGAGCAAGCAGACCGGCCAGAGCAAGCCGUUCAACCCCAUCCUGGGAGAGACGUAUCAGGCGACCUUCGAGGGGGGUAUCACCGUGUACUGCGAGCAGACCAGCCACCACCCCCCCAUCAGCAGAUGGGAGGUUCGCGACUCCCAGGGUCGGUUUGAUUACACCGGAGACGGUUCGUGGACUGCCCACAUAAGGGCGAACACGGCGAAGGGUCACCAGGAGGGAGUGAACCGGUUGCACUUCACGGCAGACGAUGCAGAGGUGACAUGGGAUCUGCCGGCGAUCCACCUCAAGAACGUCAUGUGGGGCGAGCGCACCCUGUUGUACACUGGAGAAAUGCAUUUUGAGGAUAAGAAGAACGGGCUCAGCUGCGAGCUGGUCUUCGACCCAGACGCGAAAACGGGGGGCUACUUCGCGCGCAUGUUCAAGGGGAAGACGUGCCCCGACCUGCUGCGGGGGGAUAUCUUCCAGUCCAAGCCCGAGGCUUCGGGGAGCACCCCCGGAGCGAAGCAAAAAGCUGGAACGGUGGAGGGGGUCUGGCUGUCGCACUUGGACAUAGAAAAGGAAAGGGUUUGGGACAUUCGGAGGGCGCACUCGCACAAGCCGACGCCCGUGGAUGACCCGCUGCCCACCGACUGCCGCUUCCGACAGGACCUCAUUGCGUUGAAGAACAAAGACUACGAGGAGGCGCAAAUGUGGAAGGAGAAACUUGAACAGAAGCAAAGAGAGGAUGAAGCCAGGCGGAAGAGGAGCGUCGAUUCGACAACCGGCAGCCAGCGCCAGAGGUCCAGUACUUCAAAGCGGAACUCGUGGAAAACACUCAACUGCAUACACACGCCUGCUCAAGUCAACACAGAGCCAAUCAUUUCGGAGUAG